CUCGUGCACUGCAGUUCGGCCUCUCUUCUAGGCAGAUAGAGUGUCAGCUGGGCAGCUGCACCAUGAACGCAGUGACCUAUGAUGAUGUGCAUGUCAACUUCACUUGGAAAGAAUGGACUUUGCUGAAUCCUUCCCAGAAGAAUCUCUACAAAGAUGUGAUGGUGGAGACCUACAGAAACCUCACUGCUAUAGGAUAUAAUUGGGAAGAUCAUAAUAUUGAAAAACAUUGUCAAAGUUCUAGAAGACAUAAAAGGCAUGAAAAAACAUAUACUAGAUUAAAACCCUGUGAAGAAAAUGAGUGUGGUAAAGCCUUUUUACAUCACAGUCAUCUUCAAAUGCAUAAUAGAUCAUGCACUGGAGAGAAACCCUAUGAAUGUAAUCAAUGUUGUAAAAUCUUUGCAUGUCAGCGUACUCUUCAAAUGCAUAAAAGAACACAUACUGGAAAGAAGCUGUAUGAAUGUAAUCAGUGUGGUAAAACCUUUGCAUGUCCCAGUUAUCUCCAAAGGCAUAAAAGAACCCAUACUGGAGAGAAACCCUAUGAAUGUACUCAGUGUGGUAAAGCCUUUGCACAACACUUUCAUCUUCAAAGUCAUGAAAGAACGCAUACUGGAGAGAAACCCUAUGAAUGUAAUCAGUGUGGUAAAGCCUUUGCAUUUCCAAGUAGUUUCCAAAAACAUAAAAGAACUCAUACUGGAGAGAAGCCCUAUAAAUGUAAUCAGUGUGGUAAAGCUUUCGCACAGCAUGAUGGUCUUCAAAUUCAUGAAAGAACCCAUACUGGCGAGAAACCCUAUGAAUGUAAUCAGUGUGGUAAAGCCUUUUCAUGUCCAAGUACUCUCCGAAAGCAUAAAAGAAUCCAUCCUGGAGAGAAACCCUAUAAAUGUAAUCAGUGUGGUAAAGCCUUUGCACAGCACUUUCAACUACAAAGUCAUGAAAGAACGCAUACUGGAGUGACACCCUAUGAAUGUAAUCAGUGUGGUAAAGCCUUUGUGUGGCACAGUUAUCUCCGAAUUCACGAAAGAAUGCACACUGGAGAGAAACCCUAUGAAUGUAAUCAGUGUGGUAAAGCCUUUGCAUAUCCCAGUAGUUUCCAAAACCAUAAAAGAACCCAUACUGGAGAGAAACCCUAUGAAUGUAAUCAGUGUGGUAAAGCUUUCGCACAGCAUGGUGUUCUUCAGAUUCAUGAAAGAAGCCAUACUGGAGAGAAACCCUAUGAAUGUAAUCAGUGUGAUAAAGCCUUUUCAUGUCCAAGUACUCUCCGAAAGCAUAAAAGAAUCCAUACUGGAGAGAAACCCUUUGAAUGUAAUCAGUGUGGUAAAGCCUUUGCACAGCACUUUCAUUUACACAGACAUGAAAGAACGCAUAGUGGAGAGAAAAAUCUAUGAAUGUAAUCAGUGUGGUAAAGCCUUUUUAUGGUCCAGUACUCUCCAAAAGCAUAAAAGAACCCAUACUGGAGAUACACCCUAUCAAUGUAAUCAGUGUGGUAAAGGCUUUGCACAGCACAUUCAUCUUCAACAUCAUGAAAGAACCCACACUUGAGAGAAACCCUAUGAAUAUAUUCAGAGUGGUAAAGCCUUUGUGUGUCACAGUUAUCCCCAGAGGCAUGAAAGAAGCCAUACUGGAGAGACAUCUUAUGAAUGUAAUCGGUGUGGUGAAUCCUUUUUACAACACAUGUAUCUACAAAGUCGUGAAAUUAGCCGUGCUGGAGAGAAACCCUAUGAAUGUAAUCAGUGUGGUAAAGCCUUUGAGUGUCACAGUUAUCUCCAGAUGCAUGAAAGAAGCCAUACUGGAGAGAACCCUAAGAAUGUAAGCAGUGUGGUGAAUCCCUUUUACAGCACAUUCAUCUACAAAGUCAUAAAAUUAGCCAUGCUGGAGAGAAAAGCCUAUGAAUGUAAUCAGUGUUGUAAAGCCUUUGUAUGUCACAGUAGUCUCCAAGCACAUGAAAGAACUCAUACUGGAGAGAAACCCUGUGAAUAUAAUCAAUGUUGCUAAGCAUUUACAUGUUUAGUGAUCUCUGAAAACAUGAUAGAACCCCUACUGGAGAGAAACAUUAUGUAUGUAAUUAGUGUGAUAAAGGCUUUGUUUAUUAUAGUCAUCUUUAAAGGCAUGAACUAACAUAUGCUGGAGAUAAACUCUAUGAAUAUAAUGAGUGUGGUUAAGCCUUUGCACUUCACAGUACUCUAAAAAUGCAUAAAAAAUAACACAGUGGAGAUAAACUCUCUAAAUGUAAUUAGUGUGGUAAGGCAUUUGCAUGUAUGAAUAAUCUAAAUCAUGAGAAAUAUCAUAUGGCAUAGAAACCCUGUAAGUGGUUUAUUGUGAUAAAGUUUUGUACUUUAUAUAGUAGUAAAACUUUUUGUGUGCAACAAUCUCUUAAAAUCGUUGUAUAUUUCAAUAGACAUUGACUACCUGAAAAAGAUUCUGAGGACUUCUUAUUAUAAAGUAUUUGAUAAGAUCUUUAGUCAAAACACUUAUAAUCAGCUACAUAAUGAUUUGGGUUUCCCUUCUGUAUGUUGUGAAUGUAUUUUGUUACCAUUGUUUAAUAAAGAAGCUGCUUUGAUCCUAUGACAGGGCAAAAUAGAGCAAGGCAGGAAUUCCAAGCAGAGGUAGAGGAGAAAAGAAAGUGUAGUCAGACUCCAUGUAUCUGUUGAAGGAGACAGAUGCCCUGGAACCUUACUGGUAAAUCACAGGUCUUGUGAUAAAAUACAAAAUAAUAGGAAUGGGGUUAAUUAAGAUGUCAGUGUUAGUUAACAAGAAUCCUGAACCAAUAGGCCAAGCAGUGUUAAUUAGUAUAGUUUCUUUGUGACUAUUUUGGGUCUGGGCUUCCAGGAAUGAACAAGAGUCUUCUGCCCAUAACACAAGAGUGUUUCUUCUGUAGAAAUGAAUUUGACUGUGUUAACCAUCUUCAAGCAUUAUGAUGUCCUUUUUACUGUUUGUACUUACAAUCAUGGUAAAAUGAAUUUAUGGAGCCCUAUGUGUAGGGUAAAUGGUCCAGCUAAAGAAAUACAUCCUGACCCUGAAUCCAGAGCCAUUGAACUAUAUAAUUUUGACUCUGAAGCUGGAGCCAAAGAAAUACAUCGUGACUCUAAAACCAAGACAAAGAGACACAGUUUGUUCCUGAAUUCAGAGCCAAUGAAAGAAACACCUGACUCUGAAACCAGACUCUAAAGUUUAUAAGAGGCCAGUGAAAGAACACACUUUGGCCCGGAAACAAGUGCCAAAAAAACACUCUACCCUAGACCACCUGAGCAUAAAACCAGCUAAUCCUUAAGCUCCAGAUCUACCAAUACCUGAGCAUGAAAUCCAGCCAGUCUCUGAGUUGUUCAAGAUCAGGGAUUGACAUCUUAACAAUUCCCACCCUGAGAAUCUUCUCCCUGGAAAAUCUCUGCCCCUAAGAAGGCCUAUAUAAGUUCUGUACAUGUUCAGUUGGCAUCUGCCCAUUUCUGCCCUGGCAGAGGCAGCCCUUCUCCUGGAUUCUUCCUUUCCGAAUAAAUUUCUUGAA